UCAGGCCAUCAGCCGCCAUGAUUAGUCUACUUCAACUGUGUGGACGAAACUUCCUCACACGCAGUACCGUCCAAGUGGCGAAUAAAACCUAUUCCGCAGAGAUGAGCAAACGCGUGGCCGUGGUUUUGGCGGGUUGCGGGGUCUACGACGGCAGCGAGAUCCACGAAGCUUCCUCCAUUUUGGUGCAUUUGAGCCGAGGAGGCGCAAGUGUGAACAUGUUUGCUCCUAACGUGGAGCAGAUGCACGUGGUGGAUCACGCAAAGGGCGAGCCCACGCAGGAGAAGAGGAACGUCCUGGUGGAGAGCGCCAGGCUGGCCCGUGGCAACAUCCAGGACCUUUCCAAACUCAGCGUCAAAGAUCAUGACGCCAUCAUAUUCCCAGGUGGUUUCGGGGCUGCGAAGAACCUGUGCACGUGGGCAGUGAAGGGCAAGGACUGCUCGGUCAACAGCGAGGUCAAGGCAGUGCUGGAGGCGUUUCACAGCGAGGGCAAACCCAUCGGCCUCUGCUGCAUCUCACCUGUGCUAGCCGCAAAAGUGUUUCCUGGAUGUGAGGUCACCGUAGGCUUGGAGAAUGACGAUAAGUACCCCAACACAACGGACACGGCGGCUGCCAUCAACCAGCUGGGCUGCAAACACAUGAGCACGGCUGUGAGUCAGAGCCACGUGGACCACAAGAACAAGCUGGUGACCACUUGCGCCUUCAUGUGCGAUGCUCCUAUCCACGAGGUGUUCGAUGGAAUCGGCUCCAUGGUGCAGGGCGUGCUCAAGCUAGCCUGAAUCUAUCAAGCUUGCUCAAACUUGGUCAAGGAAAAAUACGUUUUAGCCAGCCUUAUUCUAAAUGCUCAAUCAACCUGAAAAUGUAGGAAACAACUAAGCACUCCCACAUACAAUAUGCACCAUGCAGUUUGACUUUUUGGUUUAACUAUAUCUAUUUUGUUCUAGGAAAUAUGAUAAUGAUGCAUAGUAGCUGAUAUUAAAUUUUCCAUGGGAUGUUUUUGAGCAAAGUGUGCAAAUGAAGUGGCUAUAUUUAUAUUGAGAUUAACAUGACAGAACUAGAGAACUUUAGGACUGGAAAACAGUGAGGGUAUCAGAGUGUGUCGGGGGGAAGUUAAAAAGAGACAGUAAAAGUGAUAAAUCUAUCUACUACCUAAUGGUGUGUUGUUGUGCAGAGACAAAUGCAAUAAAUGCAUCAAAAUU